AGUAGCGUGUCUGGCCCGGCGCUCCUCUUCAGCAUCCAUGAUGGAAACACGUCUGCUUCCACGAGAGUCUGGGCAGUUCGUAGCAGAGCGGAGUCGCGACGUGUUUGUGGAGGACGAAGGAGUGCAGAAGGUGGCGGAGAUGCUCUACUCUCUGCGACACGGCGACGAUCUGACCGCCAGCGGCUGGAAGAAGGCCAAUCCCCUGGCUCCGGCACCCACUUCUGACCAGGCGUUAAACUGGGUCUUUGUGGUCGACACCAUGAACUUCUGCUUUUGGCCAGAGAGUGAAGCGCAGCAGUGUGAGGUGACCUAUAAAGGCACGACUUACACCGGCUACAUGACCCUGUGUGCUGCCGUCACCAGAGCCAUGGAGGAAGGUAUCCCCAUUACGGAUCCAAAGUACUUCUCACAGAUGAGUGUGGAGGAGUUAGGACGUGUCCUUCGAUCAGACAAUGAAACACCCAUGCCGAUGCUUCAGGAGCGACACCAGGUGCUGACUGAAGGCGGCCACGUGCUGCUCCAGCACGGUGGAAGCUUCUGGAGCUUCAUCAGCCAGGCCGGAAACGACGCCCAGAAGAUGGUGGAGCUCAUUGUGGAGAAGAUCCCGUCCUACAGGGACGAAGCCACGUAUGAGGGUAAAAGAAUCUCAUUUUACAAGCGAGCACAGAUCCUAGUUGCAGAUUUCUGGGGCAUCAUGGAGGCCAGAGGACAGGGCGACGUCAGUAACAUGGACUGGCUCACCAUGUUCGCUGACUACAGGGUUCCUCAGGCACUCGUCUACUUAGGAGCGCUGCGAUACUCUGAAACACUAAUGGAGGCAUUGAAGAAAGGGGAGCUGCUGAGUUCAGGGGACAGGAGGGAGGUGGAGAUCCGAGGCUGCUCAGUCUGGUCCGUGGAGCUGAUCAAACAGCGUCUUCACAAGCUGGUGCAGGAGAGAGACGGGGAGCCUUGCAGCGUCACCUCAGCAAUCAUCGACUUUUACCUGUGGCCGUACGCCAAGCAGCACCACAAAGAGAUGGCCCACAUUCCCAUACACCACACGCGCUGUGUUUACUACUGAUGCGCUGCCUGGCAGCCGUACAUACAGUAGGCAGCGCUUCUCAGUGUGCAGCCUUGGCACAGGUGCCUUUUCCCUGGGACAAAGCCAAGCACGUCUUGAUGCCAGAUAUGUGUACAAAUGGGCUUCUCUCUGUCUGUAAAGGAACCAGGUGUGAAGCAUCAGUUCAGCUUGUUUGUCAGUAAAAAUGAGGCACUGCUCGGUUGUUUGUGGUCAAAUUCAGUAUUUACCGAUGAUGAGGUGAAACAUUUUUGGAUGGAUCUUGUGCUGUAAUACAGAGCAUGUUUGUGUUUUACCAUCUGCUCAUAGUAAAACAAAAUAAAAGGCUC